AUGGAGGAGGUGAUGGAGGAGGUGAUGGAGGAGGUGAUGGAGGAGGUGAUGGAGGACGUGAUGGAGGACGUGAUGGAGGAGGUGAUGGAGGAGGUGAUAGAGGAGGUGAUAGAGGAGGUGAUGGAGCAGGUGAUGGAGGAGGUGAUAGAGGAGGUGAUGGAGGAGGUGAUGGAGGAGGUGAUGGAGGAGGUGAUGGAGGAGGUGAUGAGGAGGUGA